AUGGCUAGUAUGGCUGUUCAGUUACUGGGUUUCUUCCUGAGUCUUCUUGGUCUAGCUGGAACCAUCACUGCUACCAUCCUGCCUCACUGGUGGAAAACGGCACAUGUGGGAACCAACAUCAUCACUGCCGUUGCGUACAUGAAGGGUCUCUGGAUGGAAUGUGUUUGGCACAGCACCGGGAUCUACCAAUGUCAGCUCCACCGCUCUCCACUGGCCUUGCCACGUGACCUUCAAGCCGCCCGGGCCAUGAUGGUGAUUUCCUGUGUACUUUCGACUCUGGCAUGUGUGGUGGCUGCCAUUGGCAUGAAGUGCACCCGAUGUGCCAAAGGGUCCUCUGCCAAAAAUGUGUUUGCUGUCUUGGGUGGAAUCCUUUUUGUACUGGCUGGGCUCACAUGCCUCGUCCCUGUUGCUUGGUCAACCAAUGAUGUCGUGACUGAUUUUUACAAUCCGAUGCUGCCCAAUGGGAUGAAAUAUGAGAUUGGGCAAGCUCUUUACCUUGGCUUUGUCUGCGCGUCAUUGAGUAUAAUCGGAGGAAUUAUCCUGUGUACCUCAUGCCAACAUACUAGGAACAAUAUAACCUACCACCCACAACCAAGGAGUACAAGGGCAGCUCCAUCCUACAGACCACCAAGGGCCUAUAAGGCAAACCAUGCUUCAUCACUAACGUCUGCUUCACACAGUGGUUACAGGUUAAAUGACUAUGUGUGA